AUGGGCAACUUCCUCGUCUCGGCCGUCUGCAGCGCGCACAGCCACUCGGAGGCCGCGUACGCGCUCGUCCGCACGCAGGUGCGCGUCUUGCAACGCCGUCCGCCGCCGCUGCUGCUGCUGCAGCGCCAAUGCACUGCCCACCAAACGGCUGUCGGGCGCGCGCUGUCGUCUGCACUGGCGCUAUUUGCUGCGACCGCUUGCGAUCGCGCAGCAGCUGCGGCGGACCACGCGAAGACGCAGCUCGUCGCGUUCCUCGUGCGGGCGGCGCAGAAGCUCCUGACGCGCGCGAAGCCGCUACCGCAGCUGGCGGCGCUGUCCCCGAGCGACGAAGACGACGUCCUGGACGCGUUCCACGCGGUGUUUGACGCAACAAGUAAACGACCGAAGCAGACGGUCCGAGCGCUGCAGCACAGCGCCGAGUUGGCGGCAACGCGUCGGGCGGCUGAGGCAGAGCUGAGCAAGCGGUGGGUGGCGACGGGAGGGCGUGACGGCCACGACGGCGACACGAGCGGGAGCGGUGCGGUGAUCGAGUCGAGCGACCUCGACGACGGGUUCGUGGUGCUGCCUGACGUGGGCGAAGGCCGGGGGGUGUACGCUGGUCUUGAGGACACUGGCGUCGCGCAGUGCGACGACGACAGUCCGACUGAAGGCGAACGUCUGCUGCAACUCGCUUCGAGCAUCUCGACCGCGUCGUUGCACGUCGACCAGUUCCUUCUCACCGGACAGCACGAGAAAGCCGACGCCAUUGCAAAAGACGUCGAUGCGUUUGCUGCAAUGGCCAGCGAGCGCGAAAAGCAGAGCGUCGUGCGCGUGCUGGUGGCGUACUGCGCCUAUAGCAAAGACUGGAACUACUCGAGCGACAUGGUCCUGACGGCGAGUGAGUACCUGCGGGUCUGGCAGGGAGACGAAGACCGCGCGCUCAAGUCGCUUGCUGUGCUUUGCAACGACGUCCCGCGCCUCUGUGCCGCCUUUGAGUGA